AUGGCGACUGCAACACCGUCACCCCUGGCCAGCUCUGUCGAGAAGACAAAUGGAAACAAGCUAAGUAGGCUUCUCAUCGAUGGCGGAACAACAGUGCUGAGGAAUAUUUUCGAUUCCCAUCACCCUCCUGCCAACUUGGCUGCUAAUCUUAGUUCCAGACAUAUUCAUUCCAUUCUUACUAGACUUCGGCAUAGAAACAUUCUGAAUGGCAGUCAGUGGGACAAACUGUUUCCACCACCAGGUGGAGGGACACCAAACUCUAUUAACUUUGAUAUCACUCUUCUGUUCCUCUUGCUGACGAACAUUUGCGGACUAUCCCCUCCCCCCUCGGGCUCUUGGCACAAAAUGCCUCCCGCGAGUGACACCUCUAGAGAGGCUAACCUUGCUCGCAUGAAAUACUAUCGAAACGUGCUCUAUGGUCACGUGACAACAACUGGUAUUCCAAAACUAGUGUUCGAUGUUAAAUGGCAGGAAGUUAGUUCUGUUCUUGUUUCGCUUGGGUUGAAUCAGUCUGAAGUGGACAGAUUAAAGCGAGAGCCUUGUGGAGAGGAUUAUGUCAGCGCUGUUACUGAAUGGAUGAAAAAUGACGAGGAGAUCCAAUUCCAGCUGAAAGAUCUACUUACUAAACAACAACAAGUGCUCCAAACCCAACAGGAAGAUCACAGAACUCUUCAAGAUACACAACAAACGGUUGGCAGAGUGGAACAGACGCCUCAAGAUACGCACCAGGCAGUUGGCAAUUUGCAACAAAUGUUACAGGAAGUUCGGACAACCCAACAAGAAUCGCAGCAGCAGAUAAAGCGUGAGGCUGCAAAUGCUGAAGAAAGAGGAGAUAAAGCUGAAGAGGAUGAAGCUCUGAGAAAAUUAGCACAAGUUAGCACCGAGAGAGUCAUCCAGUAUCACUCUGGGAAAUACCUGGAGAAAACGCGCUUGCUCAUCUUUAAGAAGAUCAGGUUGUGGCUAGACGAUCUUGCAUCUGAAAAUCGUGUGAUGGUAAUCAGUGGAGAUGCAGGAAUGGGCAAAUCAGUUAUCGCCGCUAUCGUUUGUCAGAGAAUGCAACAGGCUGGUCGGCUCUCAGGAAGUCACUUUUGUCAGCACAACAAGGAACGUUACAGAAACCCCAAGGUAAUGCUUCAAUCGUUAGCUUGUCAGCUGUGCGAUGUUUUACCAGAAUACAAAAGUGAACUUGUGAAGAAACUUUCUAGAAACUUGGGUGUGGACAUGAACAGCCUAGAAGUUCAGGAGUUGUUCGAAUUUCUUUUCGAAGAGCCUCUAUGCAGCGUAGGAGACCGUGGAAGAAAUUUGCUGUUAGUUAUUGAUGGCCUGGAUGAAAGUGAAUACAAAGGCCGCAAUGAUCUGCUUGAUGUCGUAGCUAAUUAUUUUUGUAAACUUCCUGUUUGGUUCCGGUUUCUUGUUACCACUCGACCUGAAGUAAAUAUUGCAGAUCGUCUUCAAAAGUUUAAUCCUAUUCAGCUGGAGCAAGAUAACGAAGAAAACGUGAAAGACAUCAGACUCUUCCUUGAAAAACAGUUGAGCAGCGUUAUUCAAGCGGGCUGUGAAGAUGUUGUUAUCGAUGCACUGGUCCGAAAGGCUGCAGGGCAUUUUUUAUAUGCUUAUUUGAUGGUCGAUUUUUUCAAGAAAAACUUUUCACCUCUCACCCCCGAGAACUUAGGAAGAACCUUACAUUCAGGUGUAUCGUCUGUUUAUCAGUCCUACUUUGAACGUUUAGAGAAAGAAUUGGAAAUUGGUGAGGACCAGUUUUUGACUUUUUUGAGUGCUAUGGCGGCGGCAAGAGAACCGCUACCACGAGACUUUGUUUCUAAGAUGUUGCUUUCGGACUCGAAGUCCCCAUCUGGUCCUCGGAAAGUAACAAAAGCUAUUAACUCUAUUUCAACCCUUCUACCUGUUCAUGAUGACUGCAUUGUGUUCUUCCACAAAUCACUUAAGGACUGGUUGACUGACAGAACUACCUAUGGGCAACACAACUUCUCCGUAGAUGAAAAGCAAGGUCAUGCCAUGCUCUCUCAGCUCUGUACUAAUGAACUGAAUAACGUGAAAAGAAAAGGCUUUAACGGCUCCAAAUUCAGUAUCACUGCAAGGUACGCGCUACAGCAUGGUGUUUAUCAUAUGCUCGAGUCCGAAGAGCUAGAUGAGAGUACAAGAAGCUUUGAAGAAAUCGUUAACAACUAUGUUACCGACUUAGACAUUGUGUUUGCAAAGCUAUGUGUAAACAACACGGCUAGUUCUAAAGACAUUAUCCUUACUCAGAAACAAGAAGCUUUUCAGUCAUUGAGUAGUGAGAGCCGAAAAGCCCUUGACACGUUGUCGUCUCUCUUACAAAAGUACCGUGAAAGACUUUCGACGCAUCCUAGUACAAUAUUUCAAGUGAUGGUGAACGAGGGAGGGGACGUUUUUGCUAGUGAAGCUAUGAAAGUUUUACAGAGUCGUGAAAUACCUUACAUGGAGUACCUUCAUAAGGAAGCUUUGAAGAAGGUGUGGAAUAAGACCCAGGCUGUGUUUCCAUGUGACUCCGUGGUUGCUUGUUUUGAUAUUUCACCGAAGCAGGAGUUCAUGGUUUGCGAAUGUAGUGAUGGGAUGAUUUACCUUUGGUCACUCGAAACGGGUGAGUUAAAGUGGGUACGUCGGGUUGAGGUCAAGAAAUGCUACUUUAGACCUGAUCUUCCCUUUAGAGUGGUAGCAAACUCGAAUGUAUAUUCAUAUUAUCGCUCUGUUGUUUUUCACCCUACUGAGCCCAUUAUUCUUCCUGGAAUCCUUGGCCAUGCCUACUCAAUUGACGGAGACCUGCUACCUCUGUUCCCUGAGAGCAACUGCAGAUUUUUGGUUUGUUCAGUUCAUGGGGACGAGGGCAAAAUUAUCACCGAUUGCCCUGGGGAUGCUAAAUGCCUUGUCAUGUGGAAUCUAAAAACUGGCAAAGAGAUCACUCGAACCAUCAGAAAUGAAGAUGUUUUGUCUUUUGCUUGGUCUCCAAAUGGAACGCUUCUGGCAAUUUCCCAUUUUUCGGGACUGGUGUGUUUGGUUGACGCAUUGAACUGCUUAGACACCACUCUUGCAGAAGUCACCACCAAUCGACCUUGUGGAAUGAUAAAAUUUACCCCUGACAGUCAAUUCCUUUUUUGUUUGUCUCAGUCAUUUCUACCAAGUGAAAACAAACGUAACGUUAGGGCGGUAACAAAAUCGCGUCGACCCUUACGUUUUUCCCUAAGUGUCAAGCCAAGUAAAGCCAGACGAAGUUUGCAAAGUGUCUUCAGUUUUACCUUAAACGUCAUUAAGUUGCCAUGUGGUAUCUUUUCCUUGAACGUUUUAGACAAUCGUUUUGGCCAGGAUCCAAGGAAUUCCCAAUCAUCUAGCAAAGGUGGAUUCUUGAUGGGAGAUCCUUUCACUCCUGUUUAA